AUGAAUCAAUCAGCUACAAUUCUAAAGCCUCUUUAUCGACUAGAAAAGAAUCGUUGCUGGCACUGGUCGGAGGUCGAACAAAGUGCUCUUGAACAAGCAAAGGCGGCUCUUACCUCCUCAUCUGUCCUAGUUCACGAUGACCCCGAAAAGCCUACCAUACUGAAAUUUGAUGCGUCUCCGUACGGCGUAGGUGAGGUUCUCAUGCAUCGAAUGCCUUCUGGUGCAGAUAUGCCGAUUGCCUUUGCAUCAAGAACCAUUUCACAGGCGGAAACCAACUAUUCGCAACUAGAUAAAGAGGCCUUAGCAAUAAUGUUUGGCCUACAUCGCUUCCACCUGUAUCUUUUUGGCCAACCCUUUGAGAUUCACACUGAUCACAAACCCCUCUUAGGUUUGCUGGGAGAAAAACGAGGGAUACAACAGAUGUCCUCGCCGAGAAUGCAACGAUGGGCACUCACUUUGCCUGCUUACACGUAUGCAAUGAAGUACAUUACAGGUAGUGCAAACGUAGUGGCUGACGCCUUGAGUAGGCUGCCUAUCGUGGACGAUGGCAUUAACGGGGUACCUGUUUUUGAGCCGGUGAAUCUUUUGAAGAACCUAGUCAACUCACCUGUAACCUGUCAACAAAUUCGACAGUGGACAUCGAGAGACCCUCUCCUAAGUCGGGUAAAAAGAGCCUUGCAAUCUGGCUGGCCGUCCUCUACCUCCUCUGAUUUUCAACCAUUCUUCAGCCGUCAGAUUGAGUUAAGUCUACAAGACGGAUGCAUACUAUGGGGCAAUCGUGUAGUUGUGCCACCACAAGGCCGAUGGGCCAUCCUCAGAGACCUGCAUGAUGCUCAUCCUGGUACAGUUAGAAUGAAAGCUCUCGCCCGCAGUUAUGUUUGGUGGCCCAAAAUUGACGCAGAUAUAGAAAACGUGGUGAAAGCAUGUCACGUGUGCCAAAUAACACAGAAGACCUUACCGAAGGUUCCUCUGAAGCCUUGGGCCUGGCCCGACUCGCCGUGGAAGAGGGUACACGUCGAUUAUUUUGGGCCAUUCCAAGGCCAUAUGGUUUUGGUGGUAGUUGACGCCCACACGAAAUUGAUAGAUGCGAUUCCGACAGGAAAUUCUUGUUCUUCACUCACUACAAUCAACAAUUUGCGAACCGUUUUUUGGGAUACCUGAAAUGGUCGUUUCAGACAAUGGUCCGGCCUUUAAUAGUGCAGAACUUAAAGAUUUCAUGGAGAAAAAUGGAAUUAGACAUUUAACUACUGCCCCGUACCACGCUGCUUCAAAUGGCCUCGCAGAGCGUGCAGUCCAGACAAUAAAGCACGGACUAGCCAGACAGACAGAAGCGGACUUGGCCACCAAGUUGUCACGCUUUCUAUUCAGCUAUCGCAUUACACCGAACGACUCAACCGGUGCUUCGCCUGCAGAAUUAAUGUUCAAGCGGCAGUUGCGCACACGACUCGACCUGCUUAACCCAUCAGCGCAGGAUAGAGUCAUUGCAAAACAGACGAAGAUGAAAGAACGAUAUGAUGUGAACACACGACCACGAGAGGUCGCGCCUAACGAGUGUCUACACGCGGCUGGAACACGAAACGAACUGGUGUCCAGCGGUAGUUCGAACAAGCGAGGGGCAAAUAGUGGAAUUAGAGUUAGAAGAUUUGAGAAUUGUGCGUCGACAUCUGGACCAAGUUCGAAGCCGAACGGACAUAGAAAGUAGAGAAUUCGGAAAGUUCGAACCGCCAGCAACCCUGGAUAGGGAUCCUAACAUCCCGAGGACUGAACCCCUACUGCCUGCACAGAGCACUACGCCACCGACCGAGGCGUAUGUUCCACCUCCUUCUACCUGGGCCAGCACUAGCUUAGGGGCAGAGGAGCCAGUGACUGCACAAAGCGGCGCAGAGGUAGAAAAUACCGCCCUGAGAAGGUCGACCCGAUUCCGCAAACCUGUCCAACGCUUUCAGGACGAAUCUUAUUAGAACAUUGUCUGACUAUCCACUAUUACCUUUACUGUUCCCCUCCCCUCAUGCUCUCCACUUUAGGGUGAAGGGAUGCAGCGUAUCCGGCUCGGGCCGUCAGGACAUCAUGCCACAAACGCGUGACAAGCGAACGAUCAAGGUCAUGGCCCCCUGUUCACACCUUUGUGCUGAUUGGCCACCCAUUAGCCAAUGAUAGUCCCCCUUGCCAUAUACCCGGCCGUUUCCACAAGCCUCCUCACUUGUGCUGUCUAUCGUAGUCAGUACACGUCCUAUUUCCAAUUACCCUUCUGUUUUGCAUAAAUAACAAGAAGUAUAUGCUGUAACCCUUAACCGCUAACCCCUAACCCUGACCCCUGACAGUACUGUGUUCAUCUGGUACGGAUACAUAACCCAGCUUCUGCUUCCCCGUGGUUGGGACUUUGGUAUCGCGCAGACAUAAAUGUCAGUUCUUCAAUUUCUUGAAAGAGUCACUGAAAGAUGUAAUUUAAGUUAUCGACCGCCGUCGUAGCUUUUUGUAAAAAUUUGUGUUAAACAGUACUGCAACGGGAUUUAAUCUAUUGUCUCUUUAUAAAAACAGACUUAAAGACUACGGUCCAUGCGUCAUAAUUCUGAUGUGUACUAUAGUUCAUUUGACUGAACACAACCGGACCUCGGCCUCGUGCUGCGUGUGGUUGGCUGCUACAUUACGUUCAAGGUCGUUCCCCAGACAUUCGUAAUGACGUCUUUCCGAGUUGGCGCUGCCUGGGCGUUCCCGGGCGAGUUUGGUGAGGGCGCACCGCAGUAUGCAUGCCGUGGCCCAACUCAUAAGCUCUCGCGAUUACUUGUACGUGCGCACCAAUUGCAGUCUGGUUCUCGGCCAAUGCCACCGCUGUCCAAACUUGCCAACCACCUUCGAGGCUGACUCAGACAUGACCUCCACUGGAGGCACUGGACGGCUGCCCCACUGUCUAACACUCGCAGACAACGCUACGGUGGCGUCGGACAUGCCCUCGUCCGACUGCCGACUCUUAUCAACCUCUGCUCUAGUUGUCCUGUACAGAAUUCAACAAGCUCCCAACAGUCGUCCCACUUUUUCUCUUCCUGUUCGGACGUGCGCUUGAUGAUUGUAGUUGUUAUGGUCUCUGGUAGCAAUGAGGUGGCUGACGCACUUUCCGUGCCCUCCAUCGCACAUCUCCAAGGUUCUCCCAGCAUCGACCUAGCUGAGAUGGCCGCUGAACAACGUCGUGUUGGUUAUCCCUGUGAUGAGGACGUUUCCGGACUCCAACUCUAGGAAUUGCCACGUACCACUGGCAAUGGCACCAUUCUAUGCGACGUCUCCAUCACUUCCCACCGUCCAUUUGUGCCGCCAUCCCUCCGCCGAAGUGUCUUCUCCUACCUAAACCACCUUUCUCACCCUGGGAGUCGUGCUACCGACAAACUGGUUACCGACCGCAUCGUCUGGCCUGGGAUGCACACGGACCUGAAGGCAUGGACAUGCGGGUCUCUCGGCUGUCAUCGAGGUAAGGUCCAGGUACACAACAAAGCUCCCAUCGACACCUUCCCCACUCCGGAUUCACGGUUCAGUCAUGUAUAUCUGGACAACGUAGGCCCCUUGCCCCUGUUCAGUGGCCGUCCCUAUCUCCUCACGUGCGUGGAUCGACUCACCCAGUGGUCCGAAAUGAUCCCUCUGCUGAUGUCGCUGCUACAACAGUCGUCAAGGCUUUCCUCAGUCGUUGGGUUGCCAUUUUUGGUGCCCGUGGACUAUCACGACUGACCGCGAUGGCUAAUCCAAAUCUCAUUUAUUCCAGUCUCUUCUCUCCUGUUUAGGCUCUAUUCACAUCCACACUACAGUUACUCAUCCGGAUGCCAAUGAGAGGGUUAAGCAGUUCAACCGCCAGCUGAAGGCCUCCCUACGCGCCGCAGACGAUCCAGAUAUCUGGACGGACCCCCUCCCCCUGAGCCUGUUGGGCAUCAGCUCAUCUCGCAGGUUGGAUCUUGACUGCUCCACCGCUCAACUGGUGUUCGGCGUCACCGUCCGACUUCCUGGUGAGAUGAUCUCGCCAACCCCGCGAGUUGCAAUCGAGGAUCCUGCCAACCUCCUCCACCGUCUCAGACAAUUCACGCGGACACCUCCCCCGGUUCCGCCCAGGCCAUCAGUCUCUAAACCCAAUUUCGGAUAA